AUGUCAUUCAAAAAGGUGACUCUAUCUUCACGACGACGGACAAGAGCACAGAUGUUCCAAGGGAAAGAACAGAAUGCGGAAGAGGUGCGCCGGAAGCAGAGAGAGGAAAGCGAAGAACGUUUGUACGAAGAGUAUGUUAGAAAAGAAGAUCUGAUGAACUUCUUAGCUGCAUUAGACUGGGCGAAAAUAUUAUUGGGCCUUGUCGAAGUAAGGAUCAGUCAGAGUUCGGGGCGAACACGAGUGAAUACCCCCAGAGCCGUCGGUCAUGGUACUCAACCGCUGAGGGUUAAGUUGCUGCAAUUAAGCGUUGAGCGAGAAUUGGAACAUGGACAUAACGAGAGAAGAGAUUCACGAAUUGAUAGGUAUAAGGGAAGCAGCUUAUAA